AUGCGCACUCAAUUCCUUCCGACAGACCUCUUCUUCGUCGUCCUAGAACAACUGGACUUGGCGACCGCACUGCAGAGCCGAGGAGUGAAUCGAGAAUGGAAAUCGACCAUCGACGCUCAUUGUCUCACCUGGAAAAGGUACGCGGUACAUUUGCGACUGAUCAACAAGAUAGGGUCAAGCUUGCCGUAUGAGAAGGGAUACAAAGCGGUGGACGAAAACGUAACCAGGAACGUCAGCGAAGCUUCAACAAGCCUUGCGGGAUUUUUCAAGUACUGCACCUCCUUUCGUCAGCUUUGCGCUCUCUACAUUGAGCUGACACGAUCUUGGGCGACAGGAUAUCAGGAAAGGCACCGUGAUUUCGAGUGGUACUUUAAAGCUCCUUGCAAAGUAUGGUCAAGGGGAACUUUGUACAAGAUCGAGGGAGUGUGGAGUGGCCCCGAGGCGAUGAGUUUCGAUCACCUUCUCGCGGCGGGCAAUCUUGUUAUUCCCUUCUGGUUGGGAGACAGUACCGAAACCGGGGAGCGCAUGAUUGUCGACGCAGACCUCAUCAGGGGCAGACGACUCGAGCGUGCGGUACGGGUGCAGCUCGAAGCUAAGACUGGCUGCGAGAUUGCAAGAGGUGGGCAUACAGGUCGCAGCUGGUGGUGGAACCUCAAAUUCUCGGACGUGGUCUCUGAAGAAAAGUUCUGCUGCCUGCUUUGUCUACUUGGCUUGCGAAAAACGGAGCGAACAUUUCGGAGCCUCGAGCCGUCCGAGAGUCACACCUUCCGAUCCAGAACGCGAGAUCUAGGGAGAUUGAAAUACGGGGAUCCAUACCGCACUUUAGAGCACGCUUGGGAUGGCGGAUGGUUAGCAUUCAGUCCUGGGCGUGGCCUUUCCGACGAGGCACUUCGAUCGUUGGACUCAGCGGAUCUAACUGUAUGCGAUCGCCUCUACUUUUUGGCCUGGCCUAGCGAUUUACGAGUCUAUCUGCGCUCGGAUGACGACGGUAUCGAGGACGACUUUCCAGAGCCGGAAUAUCACUUCGCCGUGCCGUCUGAACGUCGUUUACCUUCAAAUCCUGAUGCACCCGACCCAACGUUCGCAAUCCAGUCCUGCACUGUGGCCCGCAUACCCCCUGGUCGAGCUUGUGUCAACGCAAAGACAGUCGUGACUUGGAAUCCGAGAUCAAGCACUCCUGUAUCUAAGUGAGUCCAACGUCCACAUGAAGCGCGUCAGAUUGCUGAUUGGCUUUUCGAAUGGUUCUUGAUCUAGAGAGCUUCUUCCGACUUCGGUCGAAACCAUCCUCGUAUGUACGCAGCUGUCAGCGACUAAUUGUCAAUCUUCAACUAAGCAGAGCGCUCCGCUCCCUCGCAGAAAGAGGACUCCACCAAAUUUGGCAAGAUCGAGAGCGUAGCAGCGGACAUACGUACAAAGACUCUCGUUAUCGCUUUCGAUUGGGGUCUCCUGCUAUUUCGCCCGUUCACUGCCCUGAUCGGUUCGGAGAAGGCAGUCUCCGUAGGCGUCGUGAUUCACUUCAGAGGAGAGAAGAAGAAGGGCUAUGAAAGCAAGUGCAGGGGGCUGGCGGUCUACGAUGGCCGCAUCUGCCACAGCAUUGAGCACCGCGACGCUGAUACACCCAAGGACGAAUUGGUCAAGAAUACCAUCUUCGUCAUCGACCUGGAUCCUUCCCGUCUAAAUCCUACAGUCGAUCCUACCGAGCUGCCGAUCGACUCUUGCAGGAUCCGAGUCCUUCGGGAGGAAAAUGUCUAUCCUGUAGCCCUGAAUCAUUCCUUCGAAUUUGUGGGCACGGACAUCGAGAUGGACGCGACAGGCAUUUACAUGAGAGAGCCUACUCACCUCAACUACAUCGACUUUGGACUUGCGGUGAACCAUCCCGAUACAAUGAGGCCGGAUCCAACUGCUGCACUCGACGGGCAUUCUUUCCCGGACCAACCUCCUACUUGA